AUGACGACGCUCCGUGACAAUGACGACAUUAACGACUUGGCGAGCCAUUGUCUCCCAGCUCCGGACUGCCAUCAGCCUCGUCCUCAUCGGGAGGCGACGAUGACGAGGAGACUCCGUUGUAGAGAGAGAGAGAGAGGAGAGAGAGAGAGAGAGGAGAGAGAGAGAGAGAGAGGAGAGAGAGAGAGAGGAGAGAGAGAGAGAGAGGAGAGAGAGAGAGAGGAGAGAGAGAGAGAGAGGAGAGAGAGAGAGAGAGAGAGAGAGAGAGAGAGAGAGAGAGAAGAAGGAGAAGGAGAAGGAGAAGGAGAAGGAGAAGGAGAAGGAGAAGGAGAAGGAGAAGGAGAAGGAGAAGGAGAAGGAGAAGGAGAAGGAGAAGGAGAAGGAGAAGGAGAAGGAGAAGGAGAAGGAGAAGGAGAAGGAGAAGGAGAAGGAGAAGGAGAAGGAGAAGGAGAAGGAGAAGGAGAAGGAGAAGGAGAAGGAGAAGGAGAAGGAGAAGGAGAAGGAGAAGGAGAAGGAGAAGGAGAAGGAGAAGGAGAAGGAGAAGGAGAAGGAGAAGGAGAAGGAGAAGGAGAAGGAGAAGGAGAAGGAGAAGGAGAAGGAGAAGGAGAAGGAGAAGGAGAAGGAGAAGGAGAAGGAGAAGGAGAAGGAGAAGGAGAAGGAGAAGGAGAAGGAGAAGGAGAAGGAGAAGGAGAAGGAGAAGGAGAAGGAGAAGGAGAAGGAGAAGGAGAAGGAGAAGGAGAAGGAGAAGGAGAAGGAGAAGGAGAAGGAGAAGGAGAAGGAGAAGGAGAAGGAGAAGGAGAAGGAGAAGGAGAAGGAGAAGGAGAAGGAGAAGGAGAAGGAGAAGGAGAAGGAGAAGGAGAAGGAGAAGGAGAAGGAGAAGGAGAAGGAGAAGGAGAAGGAGAAGGAGAAGGAGAAGGAGAAGGAGAAGGAGAAGGAGAAGGAGAAGGAGAAGGAGAAGGAGAAGGAGAAGGAGAAGGAGAAGGAGAAGGAGAAGGAGAAGGAGAAGGAGAAGGAGAAGGAGAAGGAGAAGGAGAAGGAGAAGGAGAAGGAGAAGGAGAAGGAGAAGGAGAAGGAGAAGGAGAAGGAGAAGGAGAAGGAGAAGGAGAAGGAGAAGGAGAAGGAGAAGGAGAAGGAGAAGGAGAAGGAGAAGGAGAAGGAGAAGGAGAAGGAGAAGGAGAAGGAGAAGGAGAAGGAGAAGGAGAAGGAGAAGGAGAAGGAGAAGGAGAAGGAGAAGGAGAAGGAGAAGGAGAAGGAGAAGGAGAAGGAGAAGGAGAAGGAGAAGGAGAAGGAGAAGGAGAAGGAGAAGGAGAAGGAGAAGGAGAGGGAGAGGGAGAAAGAAAAAUAGAAAGAGAAAGAAUUAUGGUUAGAGAGAGAGAGAAUGAGAGAAAUAUUGAGUGUGAGAGAAUGAACGAAUGUAUAAAUAUAAUGAAUGCAUAUACCUGGUGCAGUAUGUGUUCAGCACGUUGCCUUAAAUAACGAAAAACUUUUUUUUUCUGUAUUGUAAAUCUGAAUGAACAAUUUAUGCGAUUUGUUGAGUUGUUUUUGUUUCUGUUUAUGAUCUAUUUGUUUUUAUAUGUCAGAUCAUUUUUUUAAAAUAUAUACCGUGUGUUGAAAGCUUUAGUUAUAUUUUAUAAUCUAGGUCCGAUGGAGACACCGCAUACAGUGUCAAAUGGAAUGGCUGUUCCUUGACAGUGAAAUGACCAAAUAAAUCCUUCUGGUCUUACGCAAGUUAGAAUUUGGAUGCUGUGUGUGUGUCGUUAUUACGCGAAGGCCUACCGAUACC